UGUCGGGUCACGUGAGGGGCUGGACGCGAGAGCAGGAAUCAUGGCACUCUGGCGGGCAUACCAGCGAGCCCUGACUGUUCACCCGUGGAAAGUACAGGUCCUGACAGCUGGGUCCCUGAUGGGCCUGGGUGACAUUAUCUCACAGCAGCUGGUGGAGAGGCAAGGUCUGCGGGAACACCAGACUGGCCGGACCCUGACCAUGGUCUCUGUGGGCUGUGGCUUUGUGGGCCCCGUAGUGGGAGGCUGGUACAGGGUUUUGGACCGGCUCGUCCCUGGCACCACCAAGGUAGAUGCGCUGAAGAAGAUGCUGUUGGAUCAGGGGGGCUUUGCCCCUUGUUUUCUAGGCUGUUUCCUCCCACUGGUAGGAGCACUCAACGGACUGUCAGCCCAGGACAACUGGGCCAAGCUACGGCGGGACUAUCCUGAUGCCCUCAUCACCAACUACUAUCUCUGGCCUGCUGUGCAGUUAGCCAACUUCUACCUGGUCCCCCUUCAUUACAGACUGGCCGUUGUCCAGUGUGUGGCUGUUCUCUGGAAUUCCUACCUGUCCUGGAAGGCUCACCGGCUCUAGGCCCGCCUCACUCCAUUGCCUGCACUUGUGGGGAUGCCGCUUGACCCUGGAGCCACCAGACAGCCUCCUCAGAGUGGGCACAUCAGCUUUCCUGGGGUUCCGUGCCACUCAGAACUUAAUGGGCUUUGCACCUGUCUCCUCUUGAAACCAUUAAAACCCUUCUAAUCGUUUUGUACAACCACCACCA